GCAGUAGCAAGUAUGGUUUGUUUGCAGCAGACGAGAGUCGACAAAUUAAAUAACUAGUCUUAAUGGAGGUAAAUAUAUGAGAUAUAAAUAUUCUAAGUGACAAAACAACUACUAACCAACCUGCUGUGAAGCAGUCGACAUUUUCAAUUGCAUGUAAGGACCUUAAGAAAUCCCUAAAGAUGCCGCUCUUUGGGAGCACGUUCAGUCCGAAGAAGAUUCCACCUCGCAAAUCUGCUUCUCUGUCCAGCCUUCACACGUUGGAUCGCUCGACGAGAGAGGUGGAGCUGGGCCUUGAGUACGGACCUCCUGUGAUGAACCUCGGAGGUCAGAGUUGGAAAUUUGAAGAUGGACAGUGGAUCUCAGAAUCUGGUGGGAAUGCAUCUGGUAGGGAAGUGCAGCGGCUUAAGAAAAAAAACGUACAGCUCGAGGAAGAGAACAACCUCCUGAAACUUAAGAUUGAAAUUCUCUUGGACAUGUUGACAGAGACUACCGUAGAGUACCACCUGAUUGAGAAAGAAGUGGAAGAUAUAAAGACUCAACAUCGAAGGAAGAAAUGACAAAUCUGAUCGGAUGCCUCCAUCAUAGAAAUGUUCCUCAUUCACAGAGUUUACAGUUUGUCGAUGUAAACAAAAAAAGUCUUAAUUUGUUUGUUUUUUAUUUGCUCAUAAGUGCAAACAUAUGUUUUGCCUAAUGAGGACUCUAUCUGUUCUGUCUUGUUUCUUUAAAUGUGAAUCAACAUAAUUGUUCAAUACACAACAUAUUUUCUACAUCUUU